AUGGGCAAAUCUCAUAGCAAACUUUCACCAGAGCAGCUCGCAGAUCUACAGAAGAACACCUAUUUCGAUAAGAGAGAGCUACAACAAUGGUAUAAGGGCUUUCUCAAAGAUUGUCCAUCCGGCCAGCUGGACAAGACUGAAUUCAGUCGUAUAUAUAAACAAUUCUUUCCAUUCGGGGAUCCAGGAGACUUUGCAGACUACGUCUUCAACGUAUUUGACGAGAACAAAAAUGGUACUAUUGACUUCAAGGAGUUCAUCUGUGCUCUCAGUGUCACAAGUCGCGGCCGAUUAGACGAGAAGCUCAAGUGGGCUUUUCAGCUGUACGAUAUAGACAAAGAUGGUUUCAUCACCUACGAUGAGAUGCUACAGAUCGUAACGUCCAUAUACAAGAUGACUGGUCAAAUGGUCAAGCUCCCUGCCGAUGAAGAUACUCCCGAGAAGGUUCGUUUGACACACUACUCCGCUUGCAUGAAAUUGAAUAAGAUCUUCAGGAAUAUGGACCGAAACAAGGACGCACAACUUACGUACGAUGAAUUCGUCGAAGGCAGUAAGCAAGACCCGACCAUCGUCCAGGCGCUAUCACUAUACGAUGGUCUCGUAUGA